GGAACCUCGUUACACUUGAAUUGAAUUAUCAUUGACGAAUCACUCUUUUGAAAAGCUCCUUGUUACAGACUUCAUAUUCUUGCGCGCAAAGAAUUUAACUCUACCCUCACUAUCAUUUCCAUCUUAUUACACAAUCAUGGCGCCAGCAGUACAAUUCGAGCUCUCUGAGCCACCUACUGACGCAGUUUCUUCUCUACAAUACUCGCCUUAUACGCCUACCAGAUUACUUGUUUCAUCUUGGGAUAAAAAGGUCUAUCUAUACAACACAGAAAAUGUUUCCGAAGGGGGGCAGCUAUUGAGAACUUACGAACACCGGGCGCCAGUACUGGAUGUUUGUUUUGGGAAGGAUGAGAGUGAGGCGUUUUCAGCUGGUAUGGAUUGGCAGGUGAAAAGGAUUGAUUUGGAGAGCGGAGAACACACAGUGUUGAGUACCCAUGAGGCGCCAGUCAAGUCGGUGGUGUAUAGUAAAGAGCAUUCUCUCCUCAUAUCCGCUUCAUGGGACCAAACACUUCACAUUCACAACCUUUCCGACCCCUCGCAGUCCCCAAUGACAAUCCCCCUUCCUUCUAAGCCGCAUUCCCUCUCCCUCACAGCCACGAAACUCGUAGUCGCCAUGUCCUCCCGACUUCUCUACAUCUAUUCACUCCCUUUCUCUACCGACCCCUCCCAAGAGCCCUGGCAACAACGCGAAUCCUCUCUCAAAUUCAUGACCCGCGCCGUAGCCUGCAUGCCCAACGAUGACGGCUAUGCCUCGUCCUCAAUCGAAGGCCGUGUCGCCGUCGAAUGGUUUGAUCCAUCCACCGAAUCCCAAGCCCGCAAAUACGCUUUCAAAUGCCAUCGCCAACCAGAUGCUGCAGGCGAUGGAACAGACAUCGUAUAUCCAGUCAACGCCCUCGCAUUUCACCCCACUCACGGUACAUUCGCAUCUGGAGGCGGUGAUGGAGUAGUUGCGCUAUGGGACGCCGUUGCGAAAAGAAGAAUUAGACAGUAUCAGAAAUACCCAACGAGCGUGGCCGCUCUCUCAUUUUCAAGUGAUGGAAAAUAUCUAGCCGUGGGCGUGUGUCCAGGAUUCGAGAACGGACAGGAAGAUUAUAGUGGAGAAGGAUUGACAAAGGUGUAUAUAAGGGAGCUAGGCGAGAACGAAGCGAAGGGAAAAGGUGCGAAAUAAUUGAGAUUUAAUGUCGUCUUCUACUACUACUGGAAAGAUACUGUACUGGCCAAAUUGUUCAUUUAGCAAGGCGUUCUGGUACAGAAAAUGAAAGAGAAGUUUACUCUAAAGAAAGCGUGUUUGAUGGAGAAGUGCAACCGCUGAGAAAUAGACGAUGAAAUUAUCA